GCGCGCCCUCAAUUUAUCAAGGCGAAGAAGAAACUUUUUUUUAUUAAGCGAUAGAAAAUGGCUGACUGGGAGUGUGCUAAUGUUUUCCUGCAGCUCCUGGAACAGUUUUAAGGUGUCCUACGACUGAGCAGGCACUGUUACGUUUAACAGAGAACCAUUAUGUUUAAAAAGGCGAAACGAGUUAACUUACGACGGAGGAAUGAGUCCGAUGAGGAAGAGCUGGAUGAGACUCAGCAACCUCCGCUGGCGCCGACACUGCUUGGGCCUGUCGUCGAGCAAAUCCCGUUUAUUGAGACUUGUAAUAACAGCAUUACUGGAGCACCUAGCAGUACGGAUAACUGUCCUAGCAACGGCUUACAACCUAGCUUUAACAGUGUAAGAGCUGUCAAGAAAGAAAAGAGGGGCAAAGACACACCUGCGGUGCCAGGACCCACGAAAGUUAGUUUGCUGAGUUUCGACGACGAAGAAGAAGGAUCCGAGGUGUUCAGAGUGAAGAAAUCCAAUCACAGCAAGAAGAUUGUAAAACAGCUGAAGAAAGAAUAUAAGGAGGAUCUGGAGAGGUCUGGAUAUGUCAAACAGGAGAUCAGAUCAGAUGCACCACCUCAGCCUGCAGUUGCCAUCAAAGAGGAAGUUACCAGUCGAGCAGGUAGUGAACAUGGAGAGGAAGAAAUGGAGGUGGACAGUGCUGAUGAGCCUGAGGAAGACACGAGGAGUCUAGGAGUCCAAGCACCUAGUCAGAUGUCCAAGAGUAACAACACUGGAGCAACAUUCAACACACUUUCCUCCCUUGGCAGCCUGAGACCAGGGGAGAUCCCUGAUGCUGCAUUCAUCCAUGCUGCCAGAAAACGCCGGCAAAUGGCUAGAGAGCUCGGGGGUGAAGCCCCACUUGUAGAGAAAGAGGGUCUCACGAAACGUCUGGUACAAGAAGACCAAGAUGUCAGUGACAACGAAGACGAAGACGAGAAGAGGAUCAGCUUCAGUGGAGUCCAGAACAAAAGCCAGAGGCAAAAGAUAGCUGAGGAAAUAGGUAUUGAGGGUAGUGAUGACGAAGCACUGGAUACAGGUCAAGAUGAGGAGGUGAGCCGCUGGGAGCAGGAGCAGAUUAGGAAAGGAAUCAGCAUACCCCAGGUCCAAAGCAGCCAGCCCGAAGGCAACACAGUCUACUACCAGAACAGCUACGAGAGCCAGCCCUAUGGCUCUUCCUACAGCAUGCCUUUUACCUACAGUGCUGUGGCCCCACAGGCUUGCAAGCCAACUAUCCGUGCAGACAAUGGCUCUGUUCACUAUGGGGCCUCUAUAAGUGAUCUAACUCCGGUUUCCAUUGAUCUGGUAAAGAAACGCCUGCAGGAUAGGCUCAGCCAAAUGUGUGCAGGCCACAAUGCAAACGCCAAGCGCCACAAACAGAUUGAAGAAGACCUGGCUGCCUCUGAGAGCGCCAUACAGCAGCUGGAGGGCUCGUCCAAUGACAAUGCAGAUCAAUAUAAAUUCUUGCAAGAAAUGCGAGGGUAUGUUGGAGACUUGCUUGAGUGUUUCAGUGAAAAGGUGCCUGCUGUCCUGGAGCUGGAGGCUGCCAUGCACCAGUUACUAAGGCAACGGGCCUCACGACUUGUCCAGAGAAGACAGGAUGAUAUUAAAGAUGAAUCGUCGGAGUUUGCAAGCCUUUCAAAUAAAGCUGUCAUGGCACCUAAUUUAGACUCAUUUGGUCGAGAUCGCACUGCAUACCAAGAGCACAGCCGUCAGAGGAGGAUAGCAGAAAGAGAAGCACGACGAACUCGGAGGCGACAAGCGAGAGAGCAGAACGGAAAGAGGGCUGAUCAUAAAGAAGGCUUAUCAUCAGAUGAUGAGGAAACCUCCACUGACAUCACCAGCUUCAACAUGGAGAAAGAUCGUAUCAUCCGGGAAAGUAAGAAAGUAUUUGAGGACGUGCUGGAGGACUUUCAUUCUCUUGACUGCAUCAAAGCCCGUUUUGAAGUGUGGAGGAAAGACUACGCCGACUGCUACAGAGAAGCCUACAUCGGCCUCUGUCUGCCCAGACUCUUUAACCCCUUAAUCCGUCUGCACUUGAUUACAUGGAACCCUCUCGAGGCCCAGUGUACAAACUUUGAGUACAUGCUUUGGUUUGAGUCAAUGUUGUUUUACGGCUUUGAGGAGCACAGCAUUUUGCAGAAGGGAGAUGGGGAUAUCGGCUUGCUGCCUGCUAUUGUAGAGAAGGUCAUCAUCAGCAAACUGACAGUGCUGGCAGAGCAAGUUUGGGACCCGCUGUCAGGCAGUCAGACAACCAGGCUGGUAGGCUUCAUUUACAGACUAAUGAAAGGCUACCCCACUGUGAUGCAUGGGGACAACCGAUACACACAGGAGCUUUUGAAAGCUGUUGUCUUAAGGACCAGGCGGACUCUGGAUGAAGAUGUCUUCCUUCCGCUCUAUCCCAAAAAUGUGUUGGAGAACAAGAACAGCAGCCCCUACUUAUUCUACCAGAGGCAGUUCUGGUCCUGCGUGAAGCUGCUGGGCAACAUCCUGCAGUGGGACGGUAUCUUAUCUACUUCCUGUCUGAAGGACCUCGCCCUGGACAGCACUCUCAAUAGGUACAUCCUCUCUGCGUUGCAGACCACAGAUACGGCAGAGGACAAUGUUCCGAAGUGCCAGAAGGUGGUGGAGUGUUUGCCAGUCCAGUGGUUCUCUGGGCUGAAGGGCCAGCAGACGUUGCCUCAUUUGGAGCCAUUCUGUCGCUAUCUCACCCACCUGGCCAGCUCAUUGCACCGGAGUAGUUUGGGCAGUGCUGAUGUGGAACGGCGCUCAGCCAAGGAACAGAUUAAGGAGAUUGUGAAGAUGUUGCACCACAUGAACGCCCUGGACCAUAUCAUCGCUGUGGCAGAAGAACAUGGUGUUAAAGACAUCAAAACACUUUUGGAAGCCAAGUCGUAGAGGAGGACAUGCAAGCAGCAACUUUUCACUCCUCUUGAGCUGCUUUAGCAUAUUUGAAGCUAUGGGUUUACUAAGCUGGCUUCCUGAAAAUAGUAGGUUUAAAACCUUGUUGUAAAUAUUGUGAAUAAUGUACAGAAAGGGGCGUGAUCAACACAAGACUGAUGCUGAAAUGAGGCCUUGUAUUGUCAGCUUUAAAAGACCUCUCACUUGUACUACAUGCUGCCAACAUUUUAAAUGCAUAAUUUAUUAGGAGUAAAUAUCUGAUGUCAUGGUUUGCUUUUUGGGAAACAUUUGGUCUCUAAACUGACACAAUUUUCAACCCAGCUUUCUGUAAAAACUGCUUAUCCACCACAUUUGUCUCAUAUAUAUUCUUCUUUUCCAUAUGUGCCGAAAGAAGUUUAUAGUUGGCCAUAAAGUUGUCAUUAUUCACAAGCAAAGACUGGCAACCAGCUUGUUUCCCAGCAGUCCAUGAAGCCAUUGAUAUGAUGGUUCUUUGAUUCCUGCUUCUUCCUAAGGUUCUCCGCUGUCACUGACAAACUGCCCUGAAGACCAUGCCAGAGCUGGGAGCUUUGUGUUUAGAUUUGUAAGACUUUUGUUUUAGUAUUGUUUCUUGU